AUGGCAGGCAGAGUGGUUCUUCAUGGAAUUGGGGCUAGUCCGUACAGCAAGAGGGUGGAGCUAGCUCUGAAAGUGAAAGGGAUCGAGUAUGAGUUUGUGGAAGAAGAUUUGACGAACAAGAGUGAAGCGCUCUUGAGGUUCAAUCCCGUUCACAAGAAAGUCCCUGUUCUUGUUCGCAACGGCAGGCCCAUCGCCGAGUCGCCGGUGUUGGAAGAGGGAAUCAAGGGCAGCUAUCCCAUGGGGUUCCCAUUUAUCAAUGGCGACAACAUGGGACUCCUAUACAUUUUUGUCUGUCCAAUACUGGGUCCUCAUAAAGUUCUGGAAGAAGUCCUCGGCAUAAAAUUUCUGGACCCAGAGAAGUAUCCAACGGUGACCUCUUGGGUGAAAGCUCUAAAUGAGUUGCCAUUGGUGAGAGAGGCAAUGCCUCCCCACGAGAAGCUGGUGGGCGUUCUUCAGUUCCUCAGGGCUAGCCUUCUUGAAUCUGCAGUAGCUUGA